AUGCUUCCACCGGUCGAUCCUGCAGUAUUGCAGCGCAAUCCGAACUUUGACGUCCUGUACAAGGAUCUGUGCACUCGGAAGCUCAAUCCCAAUGGCUCGACGCGAGAUACGAAAAGGCAGCGUGUGCAUGAUGAGAUACAUAGGACGCUAUCAACAACUCGCACCACACUCCUCACAUCUCAAAUCCUUACAACCACCCUCUCAGACCUCGGAUCCAAAGCCGGAGCCGGCACAGACGACAUAACGCCCGAUCUACACGCAGCCAUAGACAUAGUAGUCGCGCAACUAAACAACCAAAUCCCGCCCACCGACCUCGACAUCCUCUCCAACGACAUGUCCACCUUCUCCACCAACAUCAUCACCAUCGCCUCGGCCGUAUCCACCCAACUCACCAUCAUACUCUCCUACCUCUGCAAAAUCGCAGACCCACUAAACCCCCCCAACAUCACAGACUUGCCCACACGAUGCACCACGCUCCUGGAAACCACCACGCAAACCCUCCCCCAGGACCUCCAAGACGCCCGCUUCCACCUCACAAACACAUUUACUACGCUCCUCACCCUGCACUCCACCCUCCUAACCACCAGCAUCAAGAUCCUCGAACAAACCCAACACGGCACCCUCGCCCGCCACACAAAAUCUUCUGCAGACCUACUCCACGCUAAAGCUACGCUGCUGGGCCUACAGGCAAAGAUUCACACGUAUAGUCACCCGCCGCCCGCCGAGUUUGUGGCGGCUCUCAAGCAGUUUAAAAAGGUGCAGGGGAGUGGGGAGAAGGCACUUAGGGAUCGGGAGGGCUUGGCGAAGAGGGAGUUGGAACUUUAUGCUAGGGCGGGGGAGAAGGGGAUGAGAGAUUUGGCGAGGAGGAAGGAGAGGUUGGUUGGGGAAGUGGAGAUGGUGGAGAGUGCGAUUGGGAAGUUGGAGAGGAGGGGGUGA